CACCCCCUUAUUAUCCGGUCCCUCUGCCUUUCUUUCCUUGGCAUUUACCUGGAACCCCCCCUUUGCGGACAUUACUGUCCUUGACUGUACAUAGUACAUAUCCUUCCGCCGUGAAGCACGCCUGCACAUGGUCUCUCUGCAUUAGAUAGUACACAAUCUAGUGCUCCACUAUCUGCAAUUAGCUCUCCCUCGUGUUCUUUUCGGUCGACCAGCCUCGUUCUCGCUCCGUCCGCAAUCACCCCACGUCCUCCGUGACAGGGCCCGACUUGCCAAAUGUCCAGCCCGCCAUUCACGGUCAAAGCGGUCUUCGAGUACGCUUCGAGCCACGAUGACGACCUCAACUUUGCUAUCGGCCAGAUCAUAACCGUCACAGCGGUGGAAGAUGAUGAGUGGUAUUUUGGUGAGUACACGGACGAGUCGGCGCACAAGAUAGAGGGCAUCUUCCCCAAGAAUUUCGUCGAGAGGUACGAGCCACCGGCUCCUCCACGGCCGUCGCGCCCGAGCAGACCAAAGAAGGAGCCAGAGGUGGUCGCACCCCCGGAGCCCGCGGUCGCGGUUGAGACCCCUGCGGCUGAGACCCCCCGCCCGCUGGAGCCGGAAGUAGAGGAUAUCCCCGCAGCGGUGCCGCAACCUCCUCAGUCACCACCUCCGGCUCUGGCGUCCCCGACGAGAGAGUUCGCAUCUCCCCCGAAGCCCGUACCGGCGCCAGUCCCGCAGUCCCCAGCAUAUGAGAUCAGUGAACCGGCUCCCAAGCCGGUGUCCAAGGCCCCCCCUCCCGCCGUUGCCGAGAAACCGACUGGGUCGUCAUUCAGAGAUCGCAUUGCAGCAUUCAACAAACCUGCCGCACCCCCGAUUGCGCCCUUCAAGCCGGGUGGUCUGGGUUCCCAGAGUUCCACUUUCAUCAAAAAGCCCUUCGUUGCGCCACCUCCCAGUAAGAAUGCCUACGUGCCCCCUCCCAGGGAACCUCCCCCGAAGAUCUAUAAAAGGGAAGAGGACCCAGCGGUCCAGGAGCGUGUCGCAAGAGAACCUCCCGUUUCCGAAGGCCGGCCUCUGUCGAGCGAUGGGCCCGAGGAAGGCGCAGAGGACCAGCCCAAGCCAACAAGCUUGAAGGAGCGGAUUGCCCUCCUGCAGAGACAGCAAAUGGAACAAGCUGCUCGUCAUGCUGAAGUCGCUCAGAAGAAGGAGAAGGCUAAGCGUCCUGCUCCCAAGAAGCGCAUGGAAUCUCAUGAAGAAGCUGCCCCCAUGGAGGACCCUGUGACCGAAGAGACCGAGUUGGCCGAACCUGCGAGAGACCACAGCGUCGAGACAGUGAAAGGAGCCAGUCUUCCGGCUCCACAAGUCGCCAUGCCUCCCCCGCCCGUACAAGAGCUCCUCAGCGAUACUAAUGACGCGGAUGAUUCCGCUGCUGCUGAUAUCGAGGAUGCGGAAGAGACAUCCACCAGCAAAGAAGAUCUUGACGAUCAUGCCCGCGCCGAACCUCACCGCGAAAUUCAGCACCGGGAGCCCCGACAACAGGAGGAACGUGCUGAAGAGCAUGAGGCUCGUGCUGACGAGGAAGAGAGAGAGGAGGAAGAGGAUGAGGCAGAGGCAGAAGAGGAGGAGGAGGAGGAGGAGGAGGAAGAGGUUGAUCCCGAGGUCAAGCGCAAGAUGGAGCUGCGCGAAAGAAUGGCUAAGAUGAGUGGUGGCAUGGGCAUGAUGGGUUUCUUUGGCCCUCCUGGCGGUAUGCCUGCUCCGGGUGCUUCUCGCAAACCGAAGGCGCCCGUGGAAGCCGAGAGGACAGUGGAAGAACAUGAUAGGGCCGUUCCGGCUGCUGCGCCUCCGGUUCCUAUCAUGGCGCUUCCCGGAAUGAAUACGGGCAGGCCUGCUCCCACUCCGCACAUCGAAAAGGAGGAAGAACCUCUGGCUAGUCCUGUGACGGAGCAGCAUCCUCCAUAUGAGGUUCCAGAUGUCGAGGAUGUGGUACAGGAGGAGCCGCCUAGGCGCGCCUCAGUUGACAGGCCACGUGCACCCCAGGAGCGCGCGGCACCUCCGCCCCCGCCCCUCGAAACGCGUCCUGUCCCACCUCCUGUCCCCCAGGAUGCGCCUUUGUCUCCCCCGCCAGUGCCAGGAUCUCGAUCAAUCCCUCCUCUUCCCAAGAACGUCGCCCCUGCUGACCCGGGUGACGAAUCGGAUGAUGAACUGUCUUUGCACACGCACAACCUGUCGCUGAAUGCUGUGGCUGCAGACCAAUCUACGAGCCCGAUUGUAUCGGCACCUCCUAUCCCCGAUUAUUUGGACUCUCGCCGCUCAUCGACGUACGAAGUCACAUCUCCCAAAUCACCACCAACUCUUCCCGCAGACAAGAGACUGAGCCGUCCGCCUCCGCCUGUUCCCACCAAUCCUCCGGUGCCAUCUCAGACCCGACCGGCUCCCCCACCACUUCCUGCUGGCAUCCGCCGUAGGUCAACCGCCGACAGCCGAAUCAGUGUAACCUCACAGCCUCGCCAAGCCGGCGAGGAAGUCGAAGGCGAAGUCACGGAGUAUGACGGUGACUACGAUACGGAUAUUGCAUCUGGUGCAAAGUUCAAGGAUGCACUGAAAUCCCAUGGGCGCGACUCUAGCCUUGACGAAGGGGCUAUGACUGAUGAACACUCACUUCAAUCUCCUCGGAGCCCGCCGCAGAGUCGUCUUCCGCCUCCGCCCCCUCCGAAUGCACCGAGAGCAGUUCCGCCUCCUCCCCCUCUUCAGCCCCCCAGGAGUGCCGGCAGGGCCUCUGUGGAUUCUCCUCGAGGACCCCCUCCUCCUCCACCCCACAGGGAGCCAUCUUUCGGUGGUGAUGAUGAUGAAUAUGAUCCUUACCGUUACAGCGCCUCGCAACCCAGUUUCCCUGCUCCAAGAGCGCCGCCGCCCAUGCCUACCGGACCACCACAGCUUCCGCCUUUUGUCCCUGCCCAGCCUGCCGAAGAAGAUGAGUCGGAUGACUUGUACGAAGAGCCGCCUGUGCAAUCGCCACCAGGAACCUCAGGAGGAGCGUCGACAUUCUCACAGUCUGAGAAGCGUACCUCAAUGGCGCCUCCGCCUCCCACCUUACCCCCACCCACGCCACGGAGCAACCGUGCAUCAUUGGAUAUCCCGAGAGCCCAGCCUAGUAUGCGGAGGUCCAUGGAUGUAGCCCGCCCGUCUAUCGACCAAGGCUAUAUUGCCAUGGAUAUCGACCUGGCCGAGAACAAAAUCUGGUGGGCGCAUCCGAAAACUCCCCCGCCUGCUUUUGUCAACCGCAAGGACGUCCUGCUUGAGUUUGAGGAGUCCAGUUCUUCCAAACGAGGUGGCAAGACCAUGGUGACCAAGGAUGUCUACAUCCUUUACAUCGAUUACUCGCAGACAGUGGUCACAGUGAGCUUUGAUCCUCGUAAUCCCAGCGAUGCUGCGUUUGAACAGCGCCACGAGGCCCCUCCCAUCCAGCCCCGUCAGGAUCAGCUCGAGAACGCCCAUCUUCAAAUCGGGACCCGUAUCGCCUCGGCGGUGAAUGCGAUCCAGAACACAACGGUUGCAGAUGGUACUCCGUUUGGCCUCGUACAGCACUUGCUCAAUCCCUUGUCGGAUGUCCUCCUGCCCGUUGGCUCUCGGGCCUACGGUGCUUUGGUCUACUCCAACCUGGCCAACGCGUCCGUACAGCAGAAUGACGAGAUCCGGGCUGGCGAUAUUGUCAGCUUCCGAAACGCACGCUUCCAGGGCCACCGCGGCACGAUGCACCAGAAGUACAGCGCGGAGGUCGGCAAGCCCGAUCACGUUGGAGUCGUCGUUGACUGGGACGGGACCAAGAAGAAGAUCCGUGCGUGGGAACAGGGUCGCGAGAGCAAGAAGGUCAAGAUGGAAAGCUUCAAGCUCAACGACAUGCGCAGUGGAGAGUGCAAGGUCUGGCGUGUGAUGCCCCGGAGCUACGUGGGCUGGGGAAAAUAGACGAACAGUAAUGUAUGACGAGCAAGACAGGAUCGGCUUUCCGUCCGAUGGCCAGUUGACGACGAACAAGGUGGAAGUGUACUGUGGGACAGGCCUGCUCAUCUCUCCUCCUUUUUUGCUCCCUGGCGUGUCCGUGGGACCCAACAUCAGAAGUGCGGAGCGGCGAGCAGAAACGAGUACAUGAUUUGAUUCUGGUAUAUUCUAAUUCCGCUGGUACAUGAACCGCAGGCACACUCUUAUUGCUGACUGCAGGGGAAGAUCUGAGUCUUCUUUGUUCUGUGAUCUGCUUCCCAUUUUACUCUUACCUUUCUUGUUGUAUGUACCUAUGAUGUUUAUCCAUUGUGCUUAAUCUUGCCGUGCCGAUGGUCAUUCGUUUGCUGUUAUUACUACUGGCAUAUUGAGCUGCGACAUCAAUUGACAUAUUCCAUUCUUCUCU